AUGAUUAAGAAGACGCUUGUUAUCGGCGUGGAGAACACCAAGGAGUGUCUCAAAGCCGUGGACUUCGCGAUCGAGCACUUCCCCACCGGAUACGUGUACCAUGUGCUGCACGUUCAGUCGCGCCCUCUCGCAACCUCCAUCGUCGCGAGCGCUGCCGCGGCUGAGUUUGCCUACGAGAACACUGAAGCCAUCGGGAAAGAGAUGGUCGCUGCCUCAGGGCACUUCAUGCACGAAGUCUUCGCACCAAGGGCACAGAGUGCAGGAGCUGAGGUCCUCGCAGUGGUGGAGACUUCCAAUGGCAACAGCGGUGCUGUCAUCUUCAGGCCUGAGGAUGACAUGUGA